GCAUGAUUGCAUCGUCUAAUAUUUCAAUUUAGUUUUUAGUUUUAUUCACAAAAUGCUGCAAUUACUGCGACAAAACUUCGCAAAAACUGUGAUUCCACAGCUGCAAAAGGCAGGCCACUUUUCGACGCUACCUCUACCGGUGCAACCACUUGCGGUAAGUCCGUCGCGUGCUCCUCGCUCGGUUUGGGUCGAAAAUCUCGACACGGUUGAGGAACAGAAGCUCGCCAUCCGGGAGCUGAGCUGCGAAGUGUUCGGAGCUACCCCACGGAUCGACAUCGUACAUCAGAACAUCCACUGGCAGCGGAUGAUUCGAUUCGUUAGUUUUGCGCAUUCGAAAACGCGCAACGAAGUGCGAGGAGGUGGCCGUAAGCCUUGGGCUCAGAAGGGCCUAGGCCGGGCGCGCCAUGGAUCGAUUCGGUCUCCGCUGUGGCGAGGCGGUGGUAUUGCACACGGACCACGCUCACCGACGACGCAUUUUUUCAUGCUUCCAUUUUUCACACGCGUGCUCGGUCUAGUUACGACAUUGUCCAUCAAACUCGCCCAGGAUGAUUUGCACAUCGUGAAGGAUUUGGAGAUUCCCACCGAUGAUCCGCAGUUUAUGCGAGAUUUGAUUCAGGAACGCGUGUGGGGCCCGUCGGUGCUGUUCAUUGAUAGCAGUGACAUCAUGCCACGGAACAUUACCGCCAUAGCGGACGAUAUUCCCCAAGUCAACCUGAUGCCGGUUUACGGAUUGAACGUCUACUCAAUGCUGAAGCAUAACACGUUAGUUCUGACCGAAAGUGCUGCUAAGGAUAUCGAGACCAAACUCAGCGAACAGCUGCAUCGAAACGACUCGCGGUCGUUGAUGAGUAAAUUCUUAGUAGAUCGUUAAAAAUAAAGAAGACACCGAAGGUAGUGGAAAAU